UGGCACAUGUUUAUUUAUGUAACAAACCUGCACAUCCUGCACAUGCAUCCAGGAACUUAAAAAUUAAAAAAAAAAAAAAAACUUGCCCAUACUGAUGCUAUUGUUCUUUCAACAGUUGACCUUUUCUCUGGCAUUGUAUCUUUAAGUGUAUAAACACUUAAGCCACAUCAUUUUGAAACAAGAAGGAGACAUUAGCCUAUUGUUCUUUCUGAUGGAUAUGCUUUAAGCUAUGUAUAGAAGUUAUACAAUGUAUGUUUUCAUAUUAUUAGAUGAUUUAUCCAAUUGAUAUACUGUCACAAAAGAGUUAAAAUGUUUAAUGUUCUUGUAAAAGAGGCUACCUAGUGAGAAGUUUCAAAACAAAAUAAAUCUUUUUCCUAAAAAAAUUUUUAAGAAUACUAUUUAACAUUUGCUAAGUUGAUAUUAUUAAUUCAUGUGUAUAUAAUAUAUACUUUUUCUAUUAUGUUAUUAAUUCCACAUUCUUUGAAAUCUGAGAGGAUAAAAAAGCUUUCAUAUAUAAUCAUCAAAUCAGGAUCUUCAUGAAAAAUUUUAAAAACUCAUAGAAAAGCAACAAAUGUAAACAUAACAUGCUGUUAUAUUAUUGCCAUCUUGAGUUUUAGUUCCACUGUAAACCAAAUUUUAUCUAUGGUUAUUAACAUUAUAAUGGAAAAGUUCUAGAAAGCAUCAUUAAAACUUAGUAAUUAUUUUUCACUACUAGGCAAUUGUGAACUGUUAAAAUCAAACAAAGACUGUUAACACCACCAGUACAUUUGUCUUUUGUACUGACUCAUUGAGGAUGAAUCUAGUCUAGACGUUUCUAAUGGGGAAAACUCUUCUUAUCCAUCAUGUAUUCCCAGUUUAAGUACUGUGUAAAAUAACUGCAUGUUGUAUUAAACUGAAUUACAUCUUAAUGUAAAUAGUUGCAAUAGUAAAACCUAUUUAAGAAUCGUUUUUGAAUAGACUAUUUAAAUCUAUUUAAGACUAAAUGACUAUUAUGACUAUUACUACUGCCAUUGUUAUUUAAUGUAACCUGUUUUUGAGCCCAAUAAAAUUAUUCACUAAAUCAGUCUUUCAAUAUUUACUAAGCACUUAUUUGUGCCAAGCUCUCUUCCAGGCAUUGGGACUCAGCAGUGAACAAAACACCCAGAGAUCCCUGCCCUUAUCAAACUUCGAUUCUACUGCUAAAGACAGAUAAUAACUACAUGUGAGUAAAUAGAUUACAUUAAGAUGUAUACAUUGGCUGGUGGUAAGUGCUAUAGAGAAACAGAGCAGAAAAUAGAUACAGGGAAGGAGUGGAGUGGGGUGAGAUUUAUGGCCUAAAGUAAGGUAUUCAGGAAAAGUAUUCAUGUGCAGUUAGUAUUUCAGCAAAGACAUAAAUGCAGUGAGGAAGUGGAACCUGGGAGAACUAGCAAUCUCACAAAAGUAUAAAAAUGUCUGCAAGAAAUUUGUCAUAAUUUAUUUCAAAAUUUGGUAUAAAAUAUUGAUAACAUGAUUUUCUUAGGCUAUCUAUCCAUCUUCUUAGACAUCUGCUUAAAACAUAUUCAAAUUAUCCACAUUUUAAAACCCUUACAUAUAGGGAGGAUUUAACUCAUUAAUGAUAAAAUCUAAUUAUAACUCUGAAAAAGUUAUUUUGGAGGAAGAACUACUUAUAGCAUAUAGAAGUGUGGCAGGCCAGGUCUCACUGAUGCAGGCCUCCAUAACGGCUGUUUCAGCACUGACUGAGUGGUUAAGUUAAAUACUAAAAGCCAGUGCCCUUAUACAAAGGCUGGAAUGUAACACAAGCCCAUCAAGAGUUUUGCCUAGGCCUUUUUUGGGCCUUAAAGCAUGGCAAAAUAAUGAAGGAAUUCUUAACAGGACGCAUUGAGGACUAAAAAAAUUUUACUGUGAGUCUAAAGAAACUCCCUAGGCCUCCAUAAACAAGUUUAUUGGGGAUCUGAAGGAACACCCCAAACCGCCAUGAUUUAGCAGGAGACAAGAUAGGGGUAAUCACCCUAGCACCUGGACCCAUUUACGUUAAGUAAAUUUACUGAGGCUCCAGAGGAAACCUUUCAGGACUCAGACAUUAGUUAUAGAUUAAAAGAAGCUAAUCACUAAUGUCUUUAGAUGAAUGCACACUUACACGUAGACAUAUAGCUUACAUGGUAUAUAGCUUAAGGUAUACAAGCUCUGGAAAACUUUGAAAUUUUGAGUUGCUCUGGCAACAAUUUCCAGGCCUUCUCCCUGCAACUGGUUGCAGAAAUUAAAACUCUUUUCCUCCCCAACUCAUCUGCAUUUCACUAUUGGGCCAUGAGAAAUAGCAGCCCAAUGCUCAGUUUGGUCUGGCAACAGAAGUAAAUACUAGCUAUUUGUAAAAUAUUAAAAUAUGUCAUAAAAAUCUGAGUUUUAGUGAGGCAAGGGAGCAUAAUGUGUGGAUAUCUGAGGAGAGUAUUCCAAGGACCAGAAGCAGCAGUACAAAGGUGGGAUGGUUUAUUAGCCUAUUUCAUACUUUUAAUAAAGACAGAACUGAGACUGGGUCAUUUAUAUAAAGGAAAGAGGUUUAAUUGACUCACAGUUCAGUGUGGCUGGGGAGGCCUCAUUACAAUCAUGGCAAAAGGGGAAGAAAACAUAUCCUUCCUCACAUGGCAGCAGGAAGAAGUGCCUAGCAAAGUGGGAAAAGCCCCUAAUUAAACCAUCAGAUAUCAUGAGAACUCACUAUCAUGAGAAUAGCAUGGAGGUGACUGCCCCCAUGAUUAAACUACCUCCCACUGGAUCCCUCCUACAACACAUGGGGAUUAUGAAAACUAAAAUUCAAGAUGAGAUUUGGAUGGGGACAUAGCCAAACAAUAUCAGAUGGUGAAUGUAAUUCCCAGUCAUGAUUGUAUCUGAUGAGCUCCACCAAUGGUUGGGAGGCCUCUGAGGCUGGAGUAGAGACAGUAAGAGCAGGUAGGUAAAAGGUGAAAUGAGAGAGUUGGGUCUGAUGGAGCAUGGCCUUGUAAGCCAUUUAAUGAUGUUGGUUUUAUUUUGAAUGAAAUGGGGCCAUGCAGAGUUUUGAGUGGAGAAACACAUGAUAGCCAGUUUGCACAGGACCAGUCUUGCUGAUGUCCUGAGAUUAGCCACAGUGAAUAAGUAGAUAAGCAGAGAGAUGAGCUGAAAGUCCAUUAUGGUAAUGUAGGCCAGAGGUGAUGUCAGCAUAAAUGAGGGCAAUCAGGGGUGCUGAGCAGAGGUUGGGCUCAAGAUGUACUUUACAGUAAAAAUUAAGAGGAUUUUCUGAUGGAAUGGGUAGGGGAUGCGUGAGAGAAAAAGAGGAGUCAAGGAAGGCUCCAAAUUGUGGGUAGAGGUAACUGGAAGAAUAGAGCCUCCAUUAACUGAGAUGAACAGACAUUGGGAGAAAGAAACACAUCUGUGGAAGGGAUGAAAUUCAAGUGAAGAUGAUUAAUAUGAGCUUGGAGGUCAGAGGAAAAGGCCAGUCUAGAUAUAUAAACUUGGAAGUAACGAGCACAUACAUGGUAUUUAAAUUCAUAGAAUUUGAGUAGAAUCCCCAAGGGAGUGAAUAACAAAAAGAGAUUCAAAUUUGAGCCUUAGAGCCCUCAUGCUAAUAGGCCUUGGGAUAUGAGAAGAAAUCAACAGACCAUAAAAGGGAGCAGCCAAUGAAAUAGAAAAAAACUUGGAAAUUGCAGAAGUGACAUAAAGCGGACUGAAAGGCAGGAAUUGAUCAACUGUGUUCAAUGCUGUUGUUGAGAGGUUAAGAAAAUAAGGACUGAAAACUGACCAUUAGAUUCACAAAAGGAGAUCAAUCACCAGUGUCCUGGCCAAGAGGACAUCUUGUGGAGUGAUAGAGUGAAAACUUGAAGGAACAAAGUUCGUGAGUGAAUAAGUCUGGAAGUAGCAUCUAUGAGCUGCUUUUAAAAAAAGAGAGCCAGAAAGUAAGUGAGUUCAACGAUUUUUUUAAAACAGCUUUAUUGAGAUAUAAUUUACAUUUAUUUCAUAGCCUUGUUUUAUAUAUCCAUUUAUUUAUUUUGAGUUAGGAGAAAUAAGAUCAUGCAUGCAUGUAUUUAUUCUGUUGAGAAUAAUCCAAAAGAGGAGGAAAACCUUGAUGAUAUGGAUAGAGAUGAAUGAAUUGCUGGCAUAAAAUUCUUGGAUGGAAUCCAGUAUACAAAUGAAAGAGUUAACCUCUGGCAGUGGCACAGAGAGUUCAUCCGGAUAAAUAAGAAGGUAGGUAGAGUUUGAGUAGAAAGCUGGUAGAGUUUUCUUUUGACAGCUUUUGUUUUCUCAGUAAAACUGGAAAUAACGUUAUUAAUAGAAAGGGAUGUUGGGAAAGAGGUGUUGGAUGUUGGAGAGGAGAGAAGAUAUGAAAUAGAAGAGUGUGACAGCCAAUGAACUAAAAGAAUAAUUGCCUAGCUGUCUUAAGGGUCCAUCUGGGGUAAUGAAUUUGAGAUACACAAAUUAGCAUAUUUUACCCAGUUGUGUUCAUCUGCAUAGUGUAGUUGGGAGCAGGAAAGAGUUUAAUUUAAGCCAUGGUUAGGGUUGUGCCAAGCAAGUGCGAUGAAAUAUUCCCCUAUUCUCCUAAGCAAAAAGUAGUCUCACUUUCCUUGGAGCUUCCAUAGUGUUUCUCUUCAAUCUUGCUUAUUGAAAUGUUCUAUCUUGCAUAUAUUCUUGUUGCUCAACAGCCCCUAAUAACUUUGUAUCAUUCUAGUCCUCUAUGUGUCUAAGCCUACUGUGAAGCAUAUAGCAGAAUAAUUACAUCAUAAUGGUAAUCUAAAAAAUAGGAUUCCCGGGAUCAAAUCUUCUUCACGAUGAAGCCAUAUAUGAUAAAGAAAAGAACAUCAUCAAUGGCAGUGUUACUGUAAGUCACAUGUCUCAAAGUAUAGUAUAGCUCCCUCUGAAAUAUACUUUUUUCUAUGUUGGAAAGAAGUCCUUUAUGAACUAUCUUUAUGAAUUUGUGAAUCAUUGAAAGAAACAGAGCUGGGCUUUGUAAAAAUGACAGAAUCAGUGAGUCAGUCUUUAGUCUCUUUAACCUUCAUUUGUUACCUCUUUCUCUGUUCUGGGAGUGAGUCCUCCUCUCCAGCACUAAAAUGUCUAUUGUUUACCAUCUCCAAAUGCCUGACUCAUAGAAAAAGCUCUGAUACUUAUACUGGUGUGAGAUUUAAUAUUGCAUAACCUUCAGUAAACGUGCCACCUUAACCAGGCAAAUGCAAUUGAAAUGUUCAAUCUGUUAAGUUCCGUGCCCUUUCAAAAUAAUUUAAGACUCAACAAAUAAACUAAACAGAUUUGGCCGGCCAAGGAGCAUGUGUAAAAGCAUUCAAUAUGCAUUGGUUGAGGCCCUCAGAACAGGUAGGAAUUAUUUAUUUGUUUUUAAUUAGUUGAGUAAUGAGUGGAUAAAGGGGAAGAAAAAGGAUGUUGGUCCAUACCUUUUCCCCCUUCCUGGAUACUUCUGCUUUUCUGGGGAGAAUAAACUAAGGACUGCUUUCACUUUAGCUGCCGAAGUCUUCUUGGUAGCAAUUGGGAGCAGAUGAAGAGCAAAUGGCAUCAUUGAAGCUGUGGAGUUGGCCUUUCCUUUUUCUAAGUCCACCUGACUGGCACGAGAGAUUCCUCCAUUGUCAAUCCUCUCGAUCCUGCUUAUGAUAGACAAGACCAGAACUUCUCUGAGAUUCUAACUUGAACUUCUCUCUUUACCCAGGAUAUCUAGAUACAUAUUAAUGAAUGCUAUUUUCUAUUUAAAUUUGCUUUUGUCCUAAAACAUUCUUCUUACGUUGUUUCCAUUUUAAUGUCUUUCUACUUACUUAUAUAUCUUAUUGUAAAAUAAAAACUUACAUCAUUGGAGUCUGACAUAUCCUCGUGAAUAAUAAAGCUAUUACUGUACAGUUAUACAUCUUAGUACAUUUAUACCUGUACUUAUGCAAUAGUUCUAUAUUUUUUCUAAGAAAAUGCCUAAUAACAUAUUGAUAAGUAAAGAGUUCUUUGUUUCAAAGUAGGUUAAUGUUUAAAAUACAUUUUGUUGUUAAGGGAAAGACAAUCACAAUAUUUGAGUUUCUUGAGGUAUUAAGACUCCUGCAGUGAUUAAUAGGGGGCAGAUAAAUGUGUGUAUCCUCAGCGUAUUUGGUUUUUAAUCCUGGGGCUUUUAGUUCCUGGCUUUGUUGUUUGCACAGGGCGGCAAGAAGGCAUGCUCUGGGUUUGGUAUAAGCUGGAUUUGGUCCAAAAACAGGAUGUCACAGGAGUAAGGCACUAAACUGACUGAAAAUAGAUUUUGUCUUUGACAGGCGAUGACAUUUACCUUUGGUCUCUCAUCACCAAGUUUACCACACCUAGCCCAUGAUGACAGACAGUGGGAUGAGUUGGUAUAAAAACCAAAGUUACAGGGGCCCUUGCGGACCUGUCUCUCCAGAAUGACUAUCCUCCAUUUCUAGGUCCCAAAUCAUAACCAUGAAGUUGAUCUUAUGGUACUUGGCUGUGGCACUUUGCUUCUGCUGCAAAGAUGUGGAAGCCCUAUUUUACCGACAGAAUUCAGGUGGUAAAACAGCUGCAAGCAGAUCAGGAGAGGCUGGAGACAAGUCCAGACAACGUCGAGAUACUGCACGUACAAAGUCAGAAGACACCCUGGCAGGUGGCUUUUCUUACGGUAGUUCAUCCUCUGGUGACUCAGACAGGAAAAAGCCACACUUUAGCUUAGAAAUUGGUGCUCAAGGUGAGGCUGAAGACAAGUCCAGAGACCGUUGGGAUGCUGGAAGUUCACAGUCAGAAGACACCCCAGCAGGUGGCUUUUUUUAUGGUAGUUCAUCCUCUGGUGACUCAGACAGAAAAAAGCCACUCUUUAGCUUUGAAUUUGGUGCUUCCGGAGAGGCUGAAGACAAGUCCAGAGAACCUCGGGAUGCUGAAAGUUUAAGGUCAGAAGACACUCCAGCAGAUAGCACCAACACAAGACUUGGUGCUGGUUUUAGUAGCAGUGGUGCCUCUCUGAAUGUGGGAUUUGGUUUGGGGACCUCUGAUGAAAAGAGAUUGGAAGUCGGUAGAGCUGAUGGGAGUGAAACUAGAGGCAGUGGACCUGCUGGGGGUGAAACCAUAGUCUUUGGAUCUGAUGCAGGUAGCUCAGUUGGAACUGUUUCUUCUGGUUUGAAACUUGCAGCAGGGAAAGGUGAUGCUGCAUUUAGUUUUGAAGUUUCUGAUUCGAGUUCAUUUGGUGACAGUGGCAUUAUUAGCAAAACAGUUGAAGGAGAUCAAAUGAGUAGUUCUGGAGGAUCUAUUUCCGUUGAUUUAAGUGAUACCAGUUUAAGAAGUGAGAAUCAAUUUGUUGGUGGUGGCUCUCGAAAUCUGAUAUCCAAUUUAUGGGAUUCUGGCCAAAAGGGAUUUGGAAUCAAGGAAAUUGGAGGGAAUGGAGUGAGUGGCAGUGUAUCUGCUGAGGCUGGAUCCAAAGGUGUUGGAUCUGAUGCCAGUAGCUCAGGUGGCUCAAGUGCAAAAAAUGGGUUUGAAUAUCCUGGUGGUAUCUCUGAAGAUUCAGGAGUCAUAUUGGGGUCAUCUGAUCAACAUGGAUUUAAAGUCAGUAGAACUGGUGGGAAUAGAAAGAGAAGCAGUGAACCUGCUAAGGCUGGAAGCUUGAGUCCUGGAUCUGAUGUCAGUGACUCAGGAGGAAACACUUGGUCUUCUGGUUCUGGAAGUGGUGGAGAAAGUAAGAGUACAGAUGGACUUGGUGUUAGUGCUUCUGGACUAAAUGGUGAAACUGGCCUUAGUGGUACAGGUGUCACCAGUUCAUCUGAAUACAGUACGUCUGAACCACUCAAUACUCCAGAAAAAGGAUCCCAUAUUCCAGAAGCAACUCCAAAAUACUCAGAAACAAGUGCAAUUAUUGGUGAAGCGUCUACCUGGAGCAAAGGAGCAUAUAAAUCUUUCAAUGGCCGAAUCUUUUCCUUUGAAUCUUCAUGCCCAUACACUUUCUGUCGUCACUGUGUUGAAUCUGGAGGAGAUUUCAAUAUUGAGAUCAAACGAAACAAUGAUAGCGAGAUUGAAAAAAUAACAGUUCUCAUUGACAAUAAUGACAUCUCUAUUUUUGGUGACACUAUUUUAGUUCAUGGAGAAAGUGUACAGAUACCAUAUAACAAUAAGUUGAUUCACAUUAAAAAAUUUGGAGAAUAUAAUGUUCUGAAUAGCCGUAGAGGAAUCCUGACUUUAAUGUGGGACAAAAAUAACAAACUCUCACUAACUCUUCACAAGCAGUAUCCAACUUGUGGUCUUUGUGGUAACUUCAACAGCACUCCAGGACAAGAUAUUAAUGAGCACAUUGCCAAUAGUAAAAUUCCUGGUAAUUGUCCCAGUGCUGUUGGUAAAAUCUAUGAAGUUUGUGAAGAUGGAAUACAGUACUGUAACAAAAUUAUUGGAACCUACUUUGAGAAAUGUGGAAAGGUUGUUGCUCUCUCCAAUGACUACAAAAUGAUCUGCAUUGAUGAAUACUGUCAAACUAGAGACAAAACAUCCACAUGUGACACGUAUUCAGAACUGUCCCGCCUCUGUGCCUCAGAUGGUCCUGGCAUCUUUGAAUCCUGGAGAAGCGAUUCUGAUGUGGCUUGUGAAACACAAAGAUGUCCAGAACAGCAUAUCUACAAAGAAUGUGGACUCUCCAAUCCUGCAACUUGUUCCAAUGUGGCUCCUUUUCAAGACAGUGAAUGUGUGAGCGGCUGCACCUGCCCAGAAGAUUAUCUGUUGGAUGACAUUAGAGAGAAAGGAAAAUGUGUAUUAAAGGCUGAAUGUCCCUGUGAAUCCAACGGAAAAGUGUAUCAGGCAGGAGAAGUCCGAGAAGGUCCUUGUGGUUCUCAGUGCACAUGCCAAGAUGCAAAGUGGUCUUGCACUGAAGCAUUAUGCCCUGGAAGAUGUAAGGUGGAAGGAAGUUCCUUUACCACCUUUGAUGGUGUUAAGUACAACCAUCCUGGAAACUGCCACUUCCUGGCCAUUCACAAUGAAGAUUGGUCUAUUAGUGUUGAGCUCCGUCCAUGCCCAAGUGGUCAGACAGGAACGUGCUUAAAUAGUGUUACACUUCUCUUGAAUUCUUCUGUUCCAGUUGACAAAUAUAUAUUCAACAGUGAUGGAACAGUCACAAAUGACAAGAUUAGUAACCAAGGUUAUUACUAUUCAGAUAAAAUACAGAUCUUCAAUGCAUCUUCCUCAUACCUUCAAGUAGAAACAUACUUUCAUGUAAAACUACAAAUACAAAUUGUUCCUGUGAUGCAAUUAUAUGUUUCUAUGCCACCCAACCAAUUCACAGACACUGUGGGACUCUGUGGUUCCUAUAACAACAAGGCAGAGGAUGAUUUCAUGUCAAGUCAGAAUAUACUGGAGGAGACAUCUCAGGCAUUUGCCAAUUCUUGGGAAAUGAUGUCCUGUCCUAAAGGAAACCCCUCUUCAUGUAUCAGUAUAGAAAAAGAAAAGUUUGCUGAAAGGCACUGUGGAAUUCUUCUCGAUUCAAGCGGGCCUUUUGCUUCCUGCCACCCAAUUGUGAACCCUAAACCCUAUCAUGAGGAAUGCAAAAAAUAUACUUGCACUUGUGAAAACAGUCAAGACUGCCUAUGUACAAUUUUAGGCAACUAUGUGAAGGUGUGUGCUGAGAAGGAAACAUACAUAGUAGGAUGGAGAACUGGCCUAUGUGAACAUUCUUGUCCAAGUGGUCUAGUUUUCAAGUACAACGUAAAAGCCUGUAAUAGUUCUUGCCGAUCAUUGUCAGAGAGAGAUAGGAGCUGUGAUGUGGAAGAUGUUCCAGUUGAUGGAUGCACCUGCCCUGAUGAAAUGUACCAGAAUAAUGAAGGAAACUGUGUACUGAAAUCUCAGUGUGACUGCUACAUAAAUGACGAGGUCAUGAAACCAGGCAAACUCAUCCACAUUGAUGACAAUAAAUGUGUCUGUCGGGAUGGAAUUCUUCUUUGCCAGAUUCCCAUUGAUUUAGCCCUACAAAAUUGUUCUGGAGGGGCUGAGUAUGUAGACUGCGGGGAUCCCAAAGCACAGAGAAGAACCGACAGAACAUGCAGCACUCGGAACAUACCUGUUUUUGAAGAGAACUUGCCUUGCAAACGUGGGUGCUUUUGUCCAGAAGGAAUGGUUCGGAAUUCUAAAGGGAUAUGUGUCUUUCCUGAUGACUGCCCCUGUUCUUUUGGUGGACGAGAAUAUGAUGAAGGAAGUGUCACUUCUGUUGGCUGCAAUGAAUGUACUUGCAUUAAAGGGUCUUGGAGUUGUACGCAAAAUGAAUGUCAAACCAUCUGCCACAUUUAUGGGGAAGGUCAUGUUAGAACUUUUGAUGGGAAAAGUUACAGUUUUGAUGGUCUCUGCCAGUAUUCAUUUCUUGAGGAUUAUUGUGGUCAUGAAAAUGGCACAUUUCGUAUUUUAACGGAGAGUGUUCCAUGCUGUGAAGAUGGGCUAACGUGCUCAAGAAAAAUCAUUGUUUCUUUUCAGGAUCAGAACAUUGUCUUGCAAGAUGGUAAAGUAACAGCAGUCAAAACUACAGAAAGUAAGGAAUGUGAACUCAGUGCAAAUGCAUACUCCAUACAUACUGUUGGCCUGUACUUAAUUGUGAAAUUUCAAAAUGGAAUAACCAUGAUUUGGGACAAAAAUACAAGACUGUCUCUUAUCCUGGAUCCAAGCUGGAAUGGUAAAGUGUGUGGUCUUUGUGGAAAUAACAAUGGUGAUCUCAAGGAUGAUUUCACAACAAGAUACACUUCAGUAGCUUCUGGAGCACUGGAAUUUGGGAAUAGUUGGAAAACAAGCCAAGAAUGUUCAGAUACAGUGGCUCAGACUUUCCCAUGUGAUUCAAACCCAUACUGUAAAGCCUGGGCUGUGCGGAAAUGUGAGAUCCUCAGAGACAGCACCUUCAGAGACUGCCACAACAAGGUUGACCCCAGUGCUUACUAUGAUGCGUGCAUCGAAGAAGCCUGCGCAUGUGACAUGGAGGGGAAGUACCUGGGAUUCUGCACUGCUGUGGCUAUGUAUGCAGAGGCGUGUAGUGCAGUUGGAGUCUGUGUCUCAUGGAGAAAACCAAAUCUGUGUCCUGUCUAUUGUGAUUACUACAAUGCACCUGGGGAGUGCAGCUGGCAUUAUGAGCCUUGUGGCACAGUGACAGCAAAGACAUGCAAAGAUCAGCUCAUUGGACAGAAAUUUUCUUCACUUUUAGAAGGUUGCUAUGCUAAGUGCCCAGAUAGUGCACCCUACUUGGAUGAGAACACCAUGAAAUGUGUCAGUUUAUCUGAGUGCAGCUGCUUCUAUAAUGAUAUCAUACCAGCAGGGGGAGUGAUCGAAGAUAAUUGUGGAAGAACAUGCUACUGUAUUGCAGGGCAGUUGGAGUGCAGUGAAACUGCUCCUACCAAUUCAACAUUUGCAGUUUCCACUACAACAGCUACCGCCAUAUUAAGCACUGGAGCAGCAAUUACACUGGUUACCAGUAGCCCAGGCACAGCAGCAUCCAUUCCAGGGAUUACAACAUCAAGCAGUGAAACAACAGGAACGACUCUAGGUCCUCUCACCAAACCUUUUACUGCAGGCAUUACUGAAACUCCAUUUCCCAUCAUCUCAACAUCUGGGAAUGCAGGCACAACACGAAUAGUGAGCCCCACCAUCACUCACGCUGCGGGCAUGGCAGGUACGACUGGAGAAUCCAUUGGUGCAACCACAGGAGCAGGCAGGGAAAGCACACCUGGAGCAUCAGGCACUGGGGCCACCAGCCCUGGGAACCCAGCAGUAGGAACAACUGGAGGAAUGGAUGCAGCCACCACUGGAGCUGCUGGUGAAAAUACAUCUGGGAGAACAGGAAGCACAGGAGUUUCUACAGGCUCUACCACUGCCAGCCCUGGAGCCUCAGCCACAACCUCUGAAAGCAGCAAAGCAGGAACUACUGGACCCUCAGUGGGUGAAAAAACUAGAGCCACAAGCAGUGAAGUGACACCAUCUGAAGGCACGUCAGGAACAACUGAAGGGAGAAAUGUAGCCACCACUGGAGCUGCUGGUGAAAACACUUCUGGAGCAUCAGGUCCAACAGAAGGGCCUGUGGAAGCCACCACCAGAGCAGGCAGUGGAAGCACAGCUGAAACAUCAGGUACUGGGGCCCCUGGCCCUGGAAACACAGCAGUGUCAGGCGCACCUGUGGUAUCACCUGGAGCAACGCCUGGAGUUCCAGGUAGCAGCACCCCCAAGGAAGCAGGCAUUGGAACCACCAGUCUUAGAAACUCAGGAACCCCAACAGUAUCUGUUGCCUCAACUACAAGUAGCCCUGUGAGUGAAAACACGAAUGCAGCCUCAGCCACAGCAGUGACAAUCUCUGGAAGCAAACCAGGCACGGCUGGAAUACCAGGUGGUGCAGCUAGUGGAGGUGAAAUGACAUCUGGGUGGUCCAGCAGUGGUACCACCAUGGGCUCUUCAAAUAAACCAGGGGCAACCAGAUCAUCAACUUGGGAGACAGAGACAACUGGACCAUCAGCUACAGUAAUAGGGAAUUAUGGACAAUCAUCUGAAAUAACAGGGACAAGUAAAUUAUCAUCUGAAGUUUCAGGGACAGUGAGGCCAUCAGAUGCAACAUCAGGAGCAACUGGAACAUCAGUUGCAGUGAAAAGGACUUCUGAACAAUUGUCAGGAGUCACAGGAGCAUCUGAACCAUCAGUUGGAGUGUCAGGGACAACUGAAUCAUUAACUGAAAUAUCAGGGACAACCAGACCAUUAAUUUCAGAAUUAAGAACAACUGGAUCAUUAUCUGGAGGGUCAAGGACAACUGAGCCUUCAUCAAGAGAAUCAGUGACAACUGGACCAUUAGCUGAAGGUUCAGGGACAAGUGGAAAAUUGGUUAUAGGAUCAAAAACAACUAGAUUAUCAGCUACUGAAAAAGGGACAACUGGGUCUUUUACUGGAGGAUUAGGUACAAGUAAAUCAUCUGCUAGAGAAACAGGGACAACUGAACCAUCAGCUGAUGGGUCAAGAACAACUGGACCAUCCGUUGUGGGAUCAGGGACAACUAGAUUAUUAGCUAGAGUGACAAGAACAACUGAACCAUCACCUGGAGUGGCAGAAACAACUAUACCAUCAGCUGAAGAAUCAGGAACAAAUGGACCAUUUGUUCUACUGACAGGAACAACUGGACAGUCAGGCAAAGGAUCAGGGACAACUGGAAAAUCUGUCAUAGAAUCAGGACCAUCUGUUGUAGAAUCAGGGACAACUGGAACAACAUCUGCAGGAUUAGCAACAACUGCACCAUCAACUGGAAGAUUAGGUACAACAAGACCAUCAGUUGGAGGAACUGAGACAACUGGACAAUCAGGUGAAGGAUCAGGAACAACAAUACCAUCAGCUAGAAUGACAGAUGUAACUGGAACAUCAGCUGAAGUAUCAGGAAGAAAUGAAUCAUCAGCUACAGGAUCAGGUACAAGUAGACCACUAGUUGAAAUAACAGAGAAAACUAUACCAUCAACAGAAAGAUCAGGGGCAACUGGACGGUUUGUCAUUGGAUCAGAAACAACUAGACCAUCAGUUAUAGGAUCAUGGGCAACUGGAACUUCAUCUGGAGGUUCAGGUACAACAAGGUCAUCAGGUGGAGGAACAGGGACAACUGAACAAUCAACUGUAAGGCUAGAAACAACUGGACCACUUUUUGCAUUGACAGGAAAAUCUGGACAAUCAACUAUAGUGACUGGGAAAUCUUCAAAUUCAGCUGGAGUGAGAAUAACAUCUGAAAAAUCGCCUGGAGUGGCAAUGACAACAGGACUAUUGGUUGAAGGACCAGCUACACCUGGACAAUCUCUUUUAAAAUCAGAGACAACUGAAUCAUCAGUUGGAGUUACAGUAACAUCUGGACAAUCAGCCAGAGUGACUGGGACAAAUGGACCAUCAGCAGGAGAGACAAGAACAACCGGACCAUCAACUGAAGGAUUAGUUUCAACUGUACCAUUUGUUAUUGGAUCAGAAACAACUAGAUCAUUAGUUAUAGGAUCAGGGACAACUGGAACUGUAUCUGGAGGUUCAAGUACAAUAAGAUCAUCACAUGGAGAAACAGGGACAACCAGACAGUCAAUUAAAAGAUUGGAAACAACUGUAUCACUUUCUGGAUUGAUGGGAACAUCUGGACAAUUGGUUGGAGUGACUGGGAUAUCUCUAAAAUCAGCUGGAGUAACAAUGACAUCUGAAAAAUCAGCUGGAGUUGCAGUGACAACAGGAUCAUUUGUUGAAGGAUUCACUACAACUAGACCACCUAUUUUAGAAUCAAAGACCACUAGACUAUCAGGUAGAGUGACAGUGACAUCUGGACAAUCAGCCAGAGUGACUGGGACAGUUGGAGCAUCAGCUGGAGUGACAGAAACAACUGGACCAUCAACUGAAGGAUCAGGGGCAACUGUAUCAUCUGUUGUGGGAUCAGGAGAAACCAGACCAUUACCUAGUGAAUCAGGUACAACUGAAUCAUCAGCUGGGGUGACAGGGACAAGGCCAUCAUCAGGAGGAUCAGGGACAACUGAGUCAUCCUCAAUAAAAUCAGCAACAACUGGACCAUCACAUGAAGGAUCAGGAACAACUAGACUAUCAGCUGGAGUGACAGUGACAUCUGGACAAACAGCUAGAAAUACUGGGGCAACUGGAGUACCAGCUGUAGUGACAGCAACAAUGACACCAUAUUUUGUCAAAUCAGGGACAACUGGACCAUCUGUUGUAGGAACAAUGACAACUGGAACUUUAGCUGGAGGAUCAGGUACAACAAGAUUAUCAGAUGGAGAAACAGAGACAACUGGGCAAUCAGCUGUAAGCUCAACAGAAUCAUUUGCUGGGUUGACAACAUCUGGACAAUCAGCUGGAAUGGCUGGGACAUAUGCACAAUCAGCUGGAGUGGCACUAACAACAGGUUUAUUUGUUGAAGGAUUAGUGACAACUGGAUCAUCUACUGUAGGACUAGAGACAGCUAGACCUUCAGUUGUAGGAUCAGGAACAACUGGCCCUCCUGUUGUAAAAGCAGAGACAACUGGACCAUCAGUUGGAUUGACAGUGACAUCUGGACAAUCAGCUAGAAUGACUGGGUUAACCAGACCAUCAGUUGGAGUGACAGGAACCACAGGACCAGCCAGUAAAGGAUUAGGGACCACUAGACCAUCUGCUGUACGUUUAGAGACUACUGAACCAUCAGCUGAUGGAUUGGGAACAACUGAACCACCUAUUGUAGAAGGAAAGACAACUACACCAUCAGCUAGAGUGACAGUUACAUCUGGAGACUCACAUAGAGUGACGGGAGCAACUGAACUAUUGGCUGGAGUGACAGGAUCCACUAAACCAUCUGUGGUAGGAUCAGAGACAACUGGAUCAUCUGUUACAGGAAUAAAGACAACUGCAAAAACUUCAUCUGGAGGAUUAAGUACAACUACAUCAUCAGUUGGAGGAACAGGGACCACUGGACAAUCACCUGAAAUAUCAGGGACCACAGGACCAUCUGCACAAUCAGCUGGAGUGGUAGUAACAACAGGACUUUUUGUUGAAGGCUCAUUGACAACUAGAAAAUCUCUUGUAGGAUCAGUAACAACUGGAUUAUCAGCUGAAGCUACAGGGACAACUGGACCAUCUGUUACUGGAUCAGGAACAACCAGACCACUAGUUAUAGGAUCAUGGACAGCUGGAACUUCAUCUGGAGGACUGGGUACAACUAGUCCAUCAGUUGGAGGAACAGAGACAACUGGACAAUCAGCUGCAGGAUCAGUGACAACAGAGACAGUUUCUGAAUUGACAGAAACCUCUGGUCCAUCAGCAGAAGUAACAGUGACACCUGGAAAAUUACCUGCAGUGACUCAGACAACUGGAUCAUCAGCUGCAGUAUCAGGGACAACUGUACAAUCUCUUAGAUUAUCACAAACAACUAGAACGUCAUCUGGAGAAACAGAAACAACUGGAUCAUUAGUUAAAGAAUCAGGGACAACUGAACCAUCAGAUGUAAGAUCAGGGACUACUGGACCAACAGCUGGGGUGACAGGGACAACUGGACUGUCAGCUGGAGUGACAGGGACAAGUGAACUGUCAGCUGGAGUGACAGGGACAAAUGUACUGUCAGCUGGAGUGACAGGGACAAAUUUACUUUCAGCUGGAGUGACAGGGACAAGUGGACUAUCAGCUGGAGUGACAGGGACAACUGGGCUAUCAUCUGGGGUGACAGGGACAAUUGGAUCACCAGCUGAAGCAACAAGGACAACUGGACUAUCAGCUGGAGUGACAGGGACAAGUGGACUCUCAGCUGGAGUAACAGGGACAAGUGGAUUAUCAGCUGGAGUGACAGGGACAACUGGGCUAUCAGCUGGGGUGACAGGGACAAUUGGAUCACCAGCUGAAGCAACAGGGACAACUGGACUAUCAGCUGGAGUGACAGGGACAAAUGGACUAGGAGUGACAGGAACAACUGGGCUAUCAGCUGGGGUUACAGGGACAGUUAGAUCACCAGCUGAAGCAACAGGGACAAGUGGACUGUCAGCUGGAGUGACAGGAACAAGUGGACUAUUACCUGGAGUGACAGGGACAAGUGGACUGUCAGCUGGGGUGACAGGGACAAGUGGACUGUCAGCUGGAGUGACAGGAACAAGUGGACUAUUACCUGGAGUGACAGGGACAAGUGGACUGUCAGCUGGGGUGACAGGGACAAGAAGACUAUCAGCUGGAGUGACAGAGACAAGUGGAAUGUCAGCUGGAGUGACGAGGACAAUUGGAUUGUCAGCUGUGGUGACAGAGUCAAUUGGAUCACCAGCUGGAGUGACAGGGACUAGUGGACUCUCAGCUGUGGUGACAGAGUCAAUUGGAUCACUAGCUGAAGCGACAGGGACAACUGGACUGACAGGGACAAGUGGACUAUCAGCUGGAGUGACAGGGACAAUUGGAUCACCAGCUCAGGUGACAGGGACAAGUAGACCAGCUGGGGGGACAGGGAUAACUGGACCCUCAGCUGGAGUGACAGGGACAACUGGACUAUCAGCUGGGGUGACAGGGACAACUGGAUCAGCAGCUUGGGUAACAGGCACAACUGGAUCAUCAGGUGGAGUGACAAGGACAACUGGACUGUCAGUUGAAGCAUCAGGGACAACUGGACUAUCAGCUGGAGUGACAGGGACAACUGGGUCAUCUGCAAGAUCAGGGACAAGUCUACCAUCGGUUGGAAAAACAGGAACAACCAGAACAUCAGUUGAAGAAUCACAGACAACUGGACCAUCAGCUGAAAUAACAGGUACAAAUGGACUGUCAGCUGGAGUGACAGGGACAACUGGACCAUCAGCUGGAGCAACAGGGACCACUGGACUAUCAGCUGGGGUGAUGGGGACAAAUAGACUAUCAGCAGGAGUGACAACGACUACUGGAUCAUCAGCUGGGGUGACAGGGACAAAUGAACUAUCAGCUGGGGUGACAGGGACAACUGGGCUACCAGCUGGGGUGACAGGGACACCUGGACUGUCAGCUGCAGUGACAGGGACAAGUGGACUAUCAGCUGGGGUGACAGGUACAAUUGAAUCAGCUGGGAUGACAGGGACAACUGGACUGUCAGCUGGAGUGACAGGAACAACUGGAUUAUCAGCUAGAGUGACAGGGACACCUGAACUGUCAGCUGAAGUGACAGGGAAAAUUAGACUCUCAGUUGGAGUGACAGGGACUACUGGACCAUCAACUGAAAUGACAGGGACAAUUGGACUAUCAGCUGGGGUGACAAGUACCACUGGACCACCAGCUGAAGUGACAGGGACAACUGGGCUAUCAUCUGGGGUGACAGGGACAACUGGAUCAUCUGCAAGACCUGGGACAAGCAUAUCGGCUGAAAAAACAGGAACAACCAGAACAUCAGUUGAAGAAUCAAGGACAACUAGACCAUCAGCUGGAAUAACAGUUACAAAUGGGCUAUCAGCUGGACUGACAGGGACAACUGGACCAUCAGCUGUAAGAUCGGUUACAACUGGACCAUCAGCUGGCACAACCACUGGGACAGGAACUACUGGAGAGCCAGGAACUAAAAUUAUAGCCCAUGAAGGCAAGUCUAGUUACAGAAAGCUAAGGCAUGCUGAGAUCAAACUAGGUGAACACACGAGAAGAUCAUCUUUCAUCCUUCAAAGGAACACACAGAUGUCAUCUAGAUUCAGAUCUUCUCAUGGCAGAAUGAGUCAAUAUGGUGACUUCUGGACUUUCUGUGUUUCAGGUACCAUUAGCGUAACCACUGGCACAACUCUUGCCCCUAGAAGUUCCAACACAGGAACUUCUGGUGAUAUUUUGGGGAAAACUCCCAAACCUGGAAGUUUUGUCUUAGAGACCACAAAUGCUACAGGGACUCCUGGAGCAGGACUGUCAGGAGGCACCACUGUCAUUUCUUCUGAAGUCAGUACCAGUUCAGAAGUUUCCAACACAGGUAUCACUGGAGUAGGUUCUGAGACAUCUGUUGAAACAGGAAUUUCCAACACAGAAUUCACUAUUCCAUAUCGUGUCUCAGAGGCCACAAUUUCCACAGAACGUGUUGGCACCACUGAAGCUUCAUUCAAAAUAGCCACGACUGGGGUGGCUCCCAGCACAACCCUUGCCCGUGGCAGUUCCAGUACAGAGGCCACAACUUCCAUAGGAGGAAGUGCGUUAACAAGAGGCGGAAUAGUGACAGCUGCCACUGGGGCAUUCUCUGGAAAGACUCUGGAACCUUGGAAUGACAAUACAGAGGCCACAAGUUCCACAGGAGGGGUCCGGGCCACCAAAUCAGAAGCUCCAGGAGAAGCAACAACUAUCAGAGGAGGCAGGGGCAGUACUGAAAGUGAAUUCAGAACAGAGGCCACCACUUUCCUAGGAGUAAGUGAAACAACACGUGUUGGAAGAGCCACAGGGGCCACAACUUCCAUAGUAGGGAGUGUCACCAGCCAAGCAGAACAUCCAGGAGGUACUUCUGGUGAAUUCCCAGGAACAACCAGUACAUAUGGAGAUUCCCACACAGAGGCUACAACUCUGACAGGAGGCAGGGGCAGUAUUGGAACUGAAUCCAGAGCAGAUACCACAGCAUACCUUGGAGGAAGUGGGACCACAAGAGGUGAAUUAGCCACAGUUACCAUUGGGGCAUUCUCCAAAAAGACUCUGGAACCUGGCAGUGACAACACAGAGGCCACAAUUUCCACAGGAGGGGUCAGUAACACCAGGUCAGAAGCUCCAAGAGGUACUUCUGGUGAAUUCCCAGGGACAACACUUACAUCUGGAGGUUCUCAUACAGAGGCCACAACUCUCACAGGAGGUGGGGCCAGUACUGGAACUGAAUCCAGAGCAGAUGAAGCCACCACGAGGGCAGCUCCUGGCACAACUCUUGCCCCUGGCAGUUCCAACACAGGGGCCACAGCUUCUCUAGGUGAAAGUGUAACGACAAGAGGUGGAAUAACCAGCGCUACCACUGGAGCAUUCUCUGGAAAGACUCUUGAACCUGGGAAUGAAAACACAGAGGCCACAAGUUCCACAAGAGGAAUCAGCAUCACCGGGUCAGAAGCUCCAGCAGAGGCCACAACUCUCACAGGAGACAGAAGGAGUACUGGAAGUGAAUCCAGAACAGCCACCACUGGGGUAGCUCCUGGCACAACCGUUGCCCCUGGCAGUUCCAAGACAGAGGCCACCACGUUCCCAGGAGUAAGGGGAACAACAAGUGUUGGAAGAGCCACGGGGGCCACAACUUCCACAGUAGGAAGUGACACCAGCCAAGCAGAACGUCCAGGAGGUCCAACUGUGGUUUCACCUGGCCUCAGCAGUAGUUCACAGAGCUCCAGGCCAGGCACCUCUGUCACACCAGAGAGCUCAGCAUCUGAAAGUGAAACAGUUUUAGUUACUGAAUUCUCUGGGACAACUGCUAUAUCUAGAACUUCCCACACAGAGGCCACAACUUUAACAGAAGGCCGCAGCGUUCCUCCGUCUGGAUCCAGCCCAGUAGGUACCACUCCAGCAUCAGGAGGCCAAGCAACUGGGAGCCUGACAGCCACCACUGGGGUAGCUCCUGGCACAACUGUUGCCCCUGGCAGUUCCAACACAGAGGCCACAACUUCUGUAGGAGAAAGAGGAACAACAAAAGUUGAAAUAAUGAAAGGUACCACUGGAGGAUUAUCUGGAACAACCAUUAUAUCUGAAAGUUCCACCACAGCAAGCAUCACUGCAGCGUCAGGGAAGCAUGCAGGAACCUCUGCAGUAGCUUCUGCCACAACAGUUGCCCCUGGAAGUUUCAGCACAGCAGCCACAGCAUCUCCUGGAGCAAGUGGAAUGACUGGGUUUACAACAACUACAAAGACCACAACUUCCCUAGGAGGAAGUGGCACCACUGGAGCAGAAAUAAAAUCAGCCACCACUGGAGCACCAGGAAGUAGGACAGGCACAGCUGGAGUGCCCUCUGACACAACAGUGGCCCCUGGGAGCUCCAGCUCGGACGUCACAACUUCUGUAGGAAAAAAUGGAAUAACAAAAGCUGAAAUAAUCACAGGUACUACUCAGGGCAUCUCUGGCAGAACUCUGGAAGCUAAAAGUGCCCACACAGAGGCCACAACUUUCCCAGGAGGCAGCGGGACCACCCGAGCAGGACCACCUGGAGUUACCAUUGGAGAAUUGUCUGGAAUGACCAUUAUAUCCGGAAGUUCUAACACAGAGGCCACCACUUCCACAGAAGGGACUGGCACUUCUGGAACUGGAUUCAAAGUCGCAGGCAUCACUGCAGCAACAGGGAAGCAAGCAGGAACCUCUGCAGUAGCUCCUGCCACAACAGUUGCCCGUGGAAGUUUCAGCACAGCAGCCACAGCGUCUCCUGGAGCAAGUGGAAUAACUGGGGUUACAACAACUACAAAGACCACAGCUUCCCUGGGAGGAAGUGGCACCACUGCAGCAGAAAUAAAAUCAGGAACCACCACUACAGCACCAGAAAGUAGGACAGGCACAGCUGGAGUGCCCUCUGCUACAACAGUUGCCCCUGGGAGCUCCAACUCAGAGGCCACAACUUCUUUGAGAGAAGGUGGAAUAACAAGAACGGAAAUAAUCACAGAGGCCACAACUUUCUCUGGAGGCAGCGGGACCCCUCAAGCAGGACUACCCGGAGAGACCACCACUUCCGUAGAAGGGACAGGUUCUUCUGGAACUGGAUUCAAAACUGCAGGCAUCACUUCAGCCCCAGGGAAACAAGCAGGCACCUCUUGGGUGUCUCCUGCCACAACAGUUGCUCCUGGAAGUUUCCGUACAGUAGCCACAACAUCUUCUGGAGCAAGUAGAAUGACGGGGGCUGAACCCACCUCAGAGACCACAACUUCCCUAGGAGAAAGUGGUACUACCGGAGCAGAAAUAAAAUCAGAAGCCACUACUGGAGCACUACGAAGUAAAACUGGUACAUCUGGAGUGCCCUCUGCUACAACAGUUGCCCCUGGGAGCUCCAACUCAGAAGCUGCAACUUCUGUAGGAGAAAAUGGAAAAACAAGAGCUCAAAUAAUCACAGGUACUACUGAGGGCAUCUCUGGCAAAUUUCAGGAACCUGGAAGUGCCUACACAGAGGCCACAACUUUCCCAGGAGGCAGCGGGAACACCCAAGCAGGACCACCUGGAGGUACCACUGGAGAAUUGACUGGAAUGACCAUUGUAUCUGGAAGUUCUAACACAGAGGCCACGACUGCCACAAAAGCGACUGGUACUUCUGGAACUGGAUUCAAAACUGGCACCUCUGGGGUGGCACCUGGCACAACAGUUGCUCUGGGACGUUUCAGCACAGCAGCAACAACUUCUCCUGGAGCAAGUGGAAUGGCUGGGCUUAGCACCACUUUAAAGACCACAACUUCCCUAGGUGGAAUUGGUACCACGAGAACUGAAAUAAAACCAGGAGUCACCACUGGAGCACCAGGAAGUAAGACAGGCACAGCUGGAGUGCCCUCUGCUACAACAGUCGCCCCUGGGAGCUCCAACUCAGAGACCACAACCUCUGUAGGAGAAAGUGGAAUCACAAGUGCUGAAAUAGUCACAGGUAUUACUGAGGGCAUCUCUGGAAAAACUCUGGAAGCUGGAGGUGCCCACACAGGAGCCACGACUUCCUCAGGAGGCAGCGGGACCACCCGAGCAGGCCCACCAGGAGGUAUCACUGGAGAAUCUUCUAGAACGACCAUUAUAUCUGGAAGUUCUAACACAGAGACUACAACUUCCAUUGAAGAGACUGGUACUUAUGGAACUGAAUUCAAAACUGCAGGCAUCACUACAGCUCCAGGAAAGCAAGCAGGCACCUCUGUGGCACCUGGCACAAUAGUUGCCCCUGGAAGUUUCAGCACAGCAGCUACAACUUCUCCUGGAGCAAGUGGAGUGACUGGCACUGGACCCACUGCAGGAGCCACUGCUGGAGCACCAGAAAGUAAGACAGGCACAGCUGGAGUGCCCUCUGCUACAACAGUGGCCCCUGGGAGCUCCAGCUCAGAGGCUACAACUUUCUCUGGAAUCACUGAAGCAGUAACAGUCCCAGGAUCCAUGACCACUGCACCGGGGAGCCAACUGUCCAGCAGUCAAACGGUGAUUCCAGGUGCCAGCAGCAUCAUCUCUCACACAACUGUUGAACCUGGAAGUUCUGUUAUAGGCACCACUGGUGUGGCCUUGAGCACAACUAUUGCACCAGGAAGUUCCAGCGCAGAAGCCAUAACUUCCACGGGAGUCAGUAGAACCACUGUAGUGGGAUGGAAAACAGGAGCUACCACUAGAGGAUCAGCAAACCAAGGAACUGGAAGCACAAUAGGGAUAUCAGGUGGCCAAGUCACUAGCACUCAACUAGAAGCUACCAGUGGCACAUCUGAGAGACAAAACCCUGGAAGUGAAAUAGGCACCACUGGUAUAGUCUCUGGCACAACAGUUGCAUCUGGAAGUUCCAAUACAGAGGCCACAACUUCUUUGGGCAAUGGUGGAACCACUGAGGCUGGAAGUAAAAUAGUUACCACUGGGAUAACUACUGGCACAACCAUUUUACCUGGGAGUUCCAACACAAAGGCUACGGCUUUUACAGAUGUUGGAGCCACCACUGGAGUUGGAAGAGCAACUGUUUCUUCCAAGGGAGCAUCUGACACAACCACUGCUCCUGGACCUCCUACCACUGCAGUCACAGCUUCCACAGGAGUAAAAGGAACCUCUGGAACUGGAGUGCAAACAGGCUCCACCUUGGUUGCAGCUGGAGUCACAACAAGACAACAAGUAUCCCAGCCAGAAACCACUGUCGUAACAAUCAAAGAAACUGAAAACAAAACAGAAUGUCUAAUAUCACUUCCACCAGCUCCAGUUUGCCAUGGUCCACUGGGAGAAGAGAAAUCUCCUGGAGACACAUGGACUGCCAAUUGCCACAGAUGUACCUGUACAGAUGCAAAGACUAUAGACUGUAAACCUGAGGAGUGUCCUUCUCCACCCACAUGCAAAACCGGCGAGAAGCUUGUGAAGUUCAAAUCUAAUGACACCUGCUGUGAAAUCGGAUACUGUGAACCAACAACAUGUUUAUUUAACAAUACUGAUUAUGAGAUUGGUGCUUCAUUUGAUGACCCCACCAACCCCUGUGUUUCCUACUCCUGCAAAGACACUGGCUUUGCUGCAGUAGUCCAGGACUGCCCAAAGCAGACCUGGUGUGCAGAAGAAGACAGAAUCUAUGAUUCAAAAAAAUGUUGCUAUACAUGUAAGAAUAAUUGCAGAUCGUCCCCUGUAAAUGUGACUGUUAUCUACAGUGGUUGCAAGAAAAGAGUUCAGAUGGCAAAAUGCACAGGGGAAUGUGAAAAGACUGUCAAGUACAAUUAUGAUAUCUUACUCUUGGAGCAUUCAUGCCUUUGCUGCCGAGAAGAAAACUAUGAACUCCGAGACAUUGUUCUUGACUGUCCUGAUGGCAGUACAAUCCCUUACCAAUACAGGCACAUCACUACCUGCUCUUGUUUAGACAUAUGUCAACCAACUACGACCUUCAUGUACAGUUAAUGCUGAUAUCAUCUUCCCAGUUUUAACAGGCCUGGUAUUUAUUUUACAAGUGAACAAAAAUAAUCAUUUAAAGAGUGAGAAUAACUAAACAUUUGUAUCUUGCUCAAAACAAUGGGUUCUCUUUAUGAGGAAUUUUGUUCUCUUGUUGACUAGAUCUGAAAAAUAAACACAACUUUACAAGCAA